AUGUCAACACCUAAUUCACAAUUUGAAGUAGUUUCUACCAUUGGCUCUUCUGCUUCAGACAACGACGAUUCCUCUCGUGCAGCUAUGUAUCAUAAACUUGUCCAAAACCCGACGCUUUUCUGGGAUACGCUCAAAGAUUUUUUCGAAUCUUGUGGGAAUCUUUUUGAGAUUCCUACUUUGGAUGGAUACAGUCUCAAUCUGCAUAAGCUUUUCAUCGAGGUCACAUCUCGAGGUGGUAUUGGAAAGGUGAUCAAGGAUCGUAAAUGCAAAGAAGUGAUUGAUGCAUUCAAUUUCGAGAAACCUAUAAGAAAUGCAUCAUGUGUUCUAAGGAAGCAUUAUCUCAAAUUGCUCUUUCAGUUUGAGCAGGUGUAUUACUUAGCUCCACCUUCUACAUUGUUGGGCAAAGAACUUCAAGAACUGGAACUUGGCGACAUAGUUAUUGGGAUCAUCGAGGGGGAAUUCGAAGGUGGUUAUCUUACAACCGUGAAGAGGCCGGGUUUAGGAGACCUCAAAGGAGUGAUGUACAUCAUUCCUGAGGCUCCUCCUAAACCACAAAGACACAAGAAAAAGAAAGCCAAAACAUCUCCUAAGUUACCAAGAAGUGCAUAUGACUUCUUCUUUACCGAGCAACACGCUUGGUUCAAAGAUGAGUUCGGUGGGAACAGGGAUUUUUUCACUGAGGAAAUUGGGAAUAUGUGGAGCAAUCUCCCUGAAUCUUGUAGACAGAGUUAUGAAGAGAAAAGUCUUGAGGAUACUAUGAGGUAUGACAUGGAGUUGUUACAGUACAAUUCUUCAAUGGAUUCUUGUGCAGCUGCACUGAUGCAGCGGACACUGUAG